UGUGUGAUGUCUUGCCUCAGUGUGACCGUGGUUGAUGAAAUCUUGAUUUUACGUUUAUUAUCACUGUUUUUUCGGACUUAUUCUUCUACCCCUCUAUCCCUGGUCCCUGUUUCAGUAUCCCGCUCAACAGUGACUUCGAAUUAAUUCGUUGUAUAGUGUUGGAGUAUGUUAAUUCUGGUAGGCGUCUUUUCCACUUAUAGGUUAAGAGUCCAAUCAUAGCUUUCGUUCAGUCGCUAAAAGUGAAAAAAGUUGAGUGGGUCUGAUGGCGACUAUAGACGGGCGGCCGGCACAGUAUGGAAUCUCACUCAAGCAACUGCGCGAGCUCAUGGAGCUUCGCGGAGCCGAAGGGGUGAAUAAAGUCAAAGAAUAUGGAGGAGUUCAAGAAGUUUGUAAAAAGCUUUAUACCUCACCCACAGAUGGUCUUAGCGGGUCAGCAGCUGACCUCAAACAUAGAACAGAAACCUUCGGUUCAAAUACAAUUCCUCCUAAGCCUCCUAAAACAUUUUGGCAACUUGUAUAUGAAGCGUUGCAAGAUGUAACUUUAAUAAUUUUAGAAAUAGCAGCUAUUGUUUCCUUAUUAUUAGCUUUUUACAAACCUGCCGAUGAAGAAGCUGUUGGACCAGGACUUGGUGCAGUCAUUGAUGAAGAUGAAGCCAAGCAUGGUUGGAUUGAAGGCUUAGCCAUUCUAAUAUCUGUAAUAGUAGUUGUUAUAGUCACAGCAUUCAAUGAUUAUACGAAAGAACGCCAGUUCCGUGGCCUUCAAAACAGGAUAGAAGGCGAACACAAGUUUGCUGUAAUACGGCAGGGUGAAUUAAAACAAAUUUCUGUUGGUGAUAUAGUUGUUGGUGAUAUCUGUCAGAUCAAGUAUGGUGACUUGCUUCCUGCUGACGGAGUAUUGAUUCAAAGCAAUGACCUCAAAGUAGACGAAUCUUCGCUGACCGGAGAGUCGGAUCAUGUGAAGAAAGGGGAGUCGUUUGACCCAAUGGUGCUGUCCGGGACGCAUGUGAUGGAAGGGAGUGGGAAAAUGCUUGUGACUGCUGUCGGUGUCAACUCACAAGCGGGUAUCAUCUUCACCCUCCUUGGUGCUGCUGCCGAUCAACAAGAGCAAGAAAUUAAGCAGAAACGGAAAGAAGCCAAAAAACAGGGCAAGAAGAAGAAGAGCCUAGCAGAUGAUGAAGGUAUUACCAGCAAUAGUCGUAUUGGUGCUACAAUCCCCGCUGCUGCCGAAAAUCACACCCAGCCUUCUUCCGGUGGUGGAGGCGGCGGAGAAGAAACUACGAAGAAAGAAAAAUCCGUUCUUCAAGCUAAACUUACCAAACUAGCUAUUCAAAUUGGUUAUGCAGGUUCAACGAUAGCUGUGUUCACUGUUGUUAUUUUAGUCAUUCAGUUCUGUGUAAGAACGUUUGUCAUCGAACAGAAGCCUUGGAAAAAUAUCUAUGCAAACGAAUUUGUACGGCAUUUAAUCAUUGGUGUGACAGUCCUUGUCGUUGCUGUGCCUGAAGGUUUACCUCUAGCCGUCACUCUUUCAUUAGCUUACUCCGUCAAGAAAAUGAUGAAGGACAACAAUCUUGUAAGACAUUUAGAUGCCUGUGAAACAAUGGGAAAUGCUACUGCCAUUUGUUCCGACAAAACUGGAACACUUACCACCAACAGAAUGACGGUUGUUCAAUCUUAUAUCUGUGAAGUUUUAAGUAAAACAAUUCCAAAAUUUUCCUCUAUUCCGGCCGCAGUUGGUAAUCUGAUAGUGCAAGCCAUCUCGAUAAAUUCUGCCUAUACUUCCAAAAUAAUGCCUGGUGAUAACGAGGGUGACCCACCCAAACAAGUUGGUAACAAGACUGAAUGUGCUCUAUUAGGUUUCGUUCUUGCUUUGAAGAAAGAUUAUCAAACGUGGCGGGAUGAUAUCCCGGAAGAGAAGUUGACGAGAGUGUACACGUUCAAUUCAGUUCGAAAAUCUAUGAGCACAGUAAUUCCGCUCAAAGGUGGAGGCUUCAGGCUUUUCACAAAGGGUGCCUCAGAAAUAGUUCUUAAAAAAUGUGCUUUCAUCUAUGGAAGAGAUGGCAACCUCGAAAAAUUCACACGAGACAUGCAGGACCGACUGGUGAACCGUGUCAUUGAACCGAUGGCAGGUGACGGUCUUCGGACCAUCUCAAUCGCGUACCGCGAUUUCGUGCCUGGCAAAGCAGAAAUCAACCAGGUUCACAUCGAUCAAGAGCCCAAUUGGGAUGAUGAAGACUACGUAGUAAGCAAUUUGACCUGCCUGUGUGUCGUCGGUAUUGAAGAUCCAGUCCGUCCUGAGGUACCAGAAGCGAUUAGGAAGUGUCAGCGAGCUGGCAUUACUGUGCGCAUGGUCACCGGAGACAACAUUAAGACUGCAGGAUCAAUCGCAACCAAGUGCGGGAUUCUGAAACCGGGAGAAGAUAUGCUUAUUUUAGAAGGCAAAGAAUUCAACGCAAGAAUCCGUGAUGCCAAUGGAGAAGUUCAGCAACAUUUACUAGACAAAGUGUGGCCUAAAUUAAGGGUACUUGCACGAUCGUCGCCAACAGACAAGUACACGCUAGUGAAAGGUAUCAUUGACAGUAAAAUCAGUGACUGCCGAGAAGUCGUUGCCGUCACAGGUGACGGGACCAAUGAUGGUCCUGCCUUAAAGAAGGCUGAUGUCGGUUUUGCUAUGGGUAUUGCGGGUACUGACGUCGCAAAAGAAGCAUCAGAUAUUAUUCUGACGGAUGAUAACUUCAGUAGUAUAGUAAAGGCUGUUAUGUGGGGUAGAAAUGUGUAUGAUAGUAUUGCUAAGUUCCUUCAAUUUCAACUCACAGUUAAUGUUGUUGCUGUCAUAGUAGCUUUUAUUGGAGCGUGUGCUGUUCAAGACAGUCCCCUGAAGGCUGUGCAAAUGUUAUGGGUGAAUUUAAUUAUGGAUACAUUAGCUUCCUUAGCUUUAGCAACUGAAAUGCCAACGCCUGACUUAUUACUACGAAAGCCUUACGGGCGGACGAAACCGCUUAUUUCUAGAACUAUGAUGAAGAAUAUUUUAGGACAAGCUGUUUAUCAGCUGACUAUUGUCUUUGCUUUACUAUUUUAUGGUGAUAUAUUCCUUGACAUCCCUACUGGACGCAGAGCUGAAUUCGGCUCAGAGCCUACUCAACAUUUCACUGUCAUUUUUAACACUUUUGUCAUGAUGACACUCUUUAAUGAAAUUAAUGCCAGAAAAAUUCAUGGCCAACGUAAUGUAUUCGAAGGAUUUUUCACAAAUCCCAUUUUUUACUCUAUAUGGAUUAGUACUGUUAUUAGUCAGGUUGUCAUUAUUCAAUUUGGUGGAACAGCGUUUUCAACGAAAAGCUUAACGCUGGAUCAAUGGCUGUGGUGCCUUUUCUUCGGAUUUGGCACGUUAAUUUGGGGUCAAAUUGUUACAACUGUUCCUACAAGAAAACUCCCAAAAAUACUCUCGUGGGGUCGAGGACAUCCAGAAGAGUACUGUGAAGCAAUUCACUUGGGUGAAGAGAAAUAUGACCCGGAUACGGACAAAAAACCGCGUGCCGGACAAAUUUUGUGGAUUAGGGGCCUUACGCGUCUUCAAACGCAGCUUCGGGUGAUAAGAGCGUUUCGCUCGACCCUGGAGGAUCUGGAAGAGCGGCGUUCUGUCCAUAGUUUGCACAGUUUACGCAGUUCCCGGAGCCACACAGGCCAACGGCCUCUUUCCGACAUCACUUAUAUUGACGAAGACCCUGUGAGACUACUGUCGACCAAUAAUGUCUCUCUAACCGUUCAGAAGAUGUCUUCGGGGGACCCUCAUCGGUCAUAUAAUAAUUCGAGUAGUUAAUGCUUUCCGCCAGGGGCUAGAUGCACGAUACGGUGAAUCGCUCGCUGAAGUUCUUCGAAAGCAGAGCUCUCUUAGUAAGCGGUUAUCGCAGACUUCUUCCAUUGAGUAUGCUGAUACAGGCGCAGAUGAAUUGAUGGUCCCUGAAGUGGACGUGGAACGCCUUUCGUCUCACAGUCAUACGGAGACUGCCGUUUAGUAGACUCCCUCAUCCUCAUCUUUGGACUUAACCUAGAUGUUGCGAUUAUGCAUUAGUUCUGGGCUGUUGACCUCAUCUGCAAUUAUGUAGCGUCUCCUAAUUUAAAUCUUUUUUAAGCAAACUUUCAGUCAUGUUUAUCUGUAUCAGAGAAACAUCUUACGACCAAUCGCUACGUGAAACGAAGCUUACCGAUUCAGUUCACACUCCCAUGUUUCGUUUGGUUUUCUUUUCAAUUUCAUUUCCUUCUUCUCCAAGUUUUCGUAUUUUUAGUUUUUUCUAUUUCACUUUUUGAUUUUCAUUUAUUUUUUAAAAAUUAUUUUUAGUAUGUAAAAAACAAGUACCAUCAAGACGUGAAUCAACCAUCUGUUUUGCCUCUAUUGUCUAAAUUGGAAGAAGUAGACUCAAAUUUAUUGCUGUUAUUCUCGAGAUUUUAGCAGUUUGAUUUGAUUGUAUAGUUACCAAUCAUACAUGUACUUAAAUUGUUAUUAAAUGUAUUUACUCAGCAUUAUGUGCCUUACGUCCUCGCUUUUAAUUUAUCGGAGCUAUUCUAAUGUUUUUUGAUCAAAGCUUGCCCUAAUCCUAGCAUGUCAAUCUGCACCUCUGACACCAUGCCACCAUGGUUAUAUCACAUCAAUAUAUCGUCAAUCUCAUUCAUUUCUGUCUUUUUUCCUUUGCCGUGUGUCCACCGGUUUCAUUCUAUGGUCACUCUUUGGCCAUUCACUUAAAAAAAAAGAAGCAAAACUCUCAUCUGAGCUCAGAUCCACUUCAAACGUCCUUCUCUCGGCUUGCAGAAAUCUAGAUUUCUAACUUGUACAGUUGUUUUUAUAGUCAUCAACAGUUUCAACUCUUCUUUUAUUCGAUAGACGUAUCCAAUAUUUUUAGUCCUAGCACUUGUCGAUGACUUAUUUUAUAAGAUUUUAAAUAGUUCCUCUUUUAGAUUGCUCCUGAGACUCCGUUAAAAAGUAAUUCCAAAGACAGAUUCAUUCAUUGAGCAAAACUGUUGGACACUCGACAAAUUUAAUCAUUUUAUUUAUAGUUUUUUUUCUCUUGUCACUAGUCUCUCCUCUCUCUCCAAAUAAAAUAAAAGGAAAAAAACCUGUGAAAAUUGAAUUAUUUCGAACAACGGUGAGGUUGUAUGCCUGCCUAUUUUCAUUGUAUUUUAUCUUCAUACCACCUGUGUACAAAUUAACCCACACAGCAUUUAUGCAAUUUAUUUAUUUCAUUUUUUUAUCAUUUUUUUUUCUUUCUUUCUUUCCCGUCUUUACUGUUCUCUCGUCAACCAAGAUUUUUUUUCAUCGUUUAAUUAUUUGUGGGCAGGUGGAUGAUAUUUUGGUUGAUAAUGCUUGUUUUAAAACUUAUUAUUUCCUACUUAUCAGUCUGUUUGAUCCUGACAUAAGGAUUUGCUUUGACUUAAUUUUUUCAUCUCAUUUCCAGUAUUAUAAUUGACUCGUCACCGUAUAAUUUUCUCCUGGUUGACGUAUGAAAAUUAGAAAGUUAAUGAAAAGUAAGGAAAAGGGGGAAAAGGAAAAAUUUUGACUUUUUAACGGAGCUUGGAUCUGCAUUUUGUUUGUGGUAACUGUCCCACUGGGGUUUGUUGCGGCUAACGACUGAGCAUGUAAAUGGAUAUUGUGCACCAUGCAUGAUUGUUCGUGACGCUCAUACUUGUUUUAUCGAUGUUACAUUCUCAGUGUGCGGGUUCGGCUUAGUUUCAUGCAAAUCAGCCUACAGUAUUUUUAUCUAAUACAAAUAAUAAUUUAUCACACAAUGGCAAGUCAAAAAUGGAUUCAAACAAUGUUGAUGCUCCAAUGAUGAGUGAAGCAGAGUAUUUGUGAUAUUGUCCUCUCUGCUCCCGCCUUCGCUGCCACCAGACUAAAUUUAUUAACCACUGCCACGCUGUGUGGGUCAUGUCUUUUCGUCAUGGCUCAUCAAUUUCUCGAUUUUCUCAAGAUUUCAAAUCAUCCCCACUACCCAAGUAGCAAUUUGCUCGCAGAACAUUGCAGUUUUGCUCAACACUUAAAUCCUUAAUCCUAAAAAUACUUGCGCCUUCUUUAUCGGUAGAUAUAUGCCAAGGCUAGUCUCAAUAUCUUCUAUGGGACAACAUGCGGAAAUAUAGCAGUUUGAAACAGAAUAUUCUAGGGCCCUGUAAUUGGAAAAUUGCAAUUAAAUUUCGAUUUUAUGUUGAAAAAUUGCUGAAGUCUAAUCAUAUUAUUUCAACUUAGAGUAAUUUGCUCUACUUGGGAUGAGUGCCAAUCAGAGAUAAGACACUCUCAGGUGUAAUAGAUAUCAAUCAAUAGAUCUAUAUGCUUCAUGGGAAUGUGUCUGCGUAUUUUUCACCUGCGCAAACAUAUCUAUCUCAUUGUUCACAUAAAUCCUUUGAUUCAAAGAUAGCACCAUGUACUAGACAGGAUAAAUGAAUGCUUUGAACUUAACUGUCCAUUAGUGGCUCGAUCGUAUUUCCGAAGCCAUGAUUCACAUGACCCAUUGAAGUCUAAUUGUUUGUCUGGUAGGCUAGUCAUGAAUGAAGAAAAAAAAGUGAACAUUUUAUUUUAAUGUACCUACUUUUUUUAAGUUUAUAUUAUAUUGUAAAUAGAUUUAUAACAAAGCACUUAGUGUGCUUGCAAUAACAGUUUAAAAGACAUGCUGAUUUUGUCGUUAAAUUAUUUCUGACGUAAACAUUAUCAAACUUAAUCAAUUCUUACUUAUUUGUAUUCAUUGUGAAUGAAUUUAUAAUGUUGACUCAAAACAACUGGAAGGAGCCGAAAAAUAUUUUGACUUUUAUGAACACUGAUCAAUGAAGAAUUAUUGAAUUUAAAUAGAUAUUCAGAGGCAAUGUAACUUUGAUGAUAAAAGCUAUCGUAUAAAUUUAACUUAAGUAAAUUCAUAGAUAUUAGUUUUAUUGAGACUACUUAACAAAUUAUAUACCUAUGUGUUCACAUAUAUAUUAUAUAUGUAUGUGUACAUAUGUAUAUAACUGUAAUGUACAUAUGUAUUAUGCAUGUAUUACAUUUGUACUAACCAUACAUCUGUGUACUUGCAUGUAAGUUGUAUUUUAUGCUUGUGCAAACAGUUUUGAAAAUAUUCAAGAAAACAAAUUAAAACAAGAAACCUAGGGAUAAGCUGUAACUUGUAUAAAUGGAUUAUUGUUUCAAACAAACUUUCAUCAACUUGUUAGUUAUUUUCUUUGAAUGAUUUCCUUUAUUUAUUUAUUUUUAUUCAUUUUAAGCUGUUUUAGGUUGUUUUCAUCAAAUCACCUCUCUCACUUUUUGUUUUACACCCGCUGUGAAACUUCAUGUUUACUUUAAUGUUGAUUAAAUAUACUAUUUUUAUUUUGAUAGAUAUACUUUUUUUAUUCAAAAACAGAAACUCACUUUUAAUGGAUUACACUUUAAAAGCGAUGCAAUUCACUCCAAGAACGUAAAGUGCCAAAAAUAGAGUUUCUUCUAAAACUUUCGCAGUCACACCUCAUAGGAGAGACAAGCGUUCUCUCAGACUUCAAGCUGCAACGCUUUAUUAGCAACUUCCCUUCACUUUUCCUUUUUUUUCCUACUCUCGGUUUCCUGACAACUCUCCCAAUUCUCUCCCAGUCGUUGCUGGAGCUAUCGAAAAACAAAACGGAACCUUCCUCUCUACCCACUUGUAAGUCAGCAGAUUACAAUAUCUCUCGAACGUUUCUGUCUUAUUCAGCGAACCUAUUUCCACACAUUGAGCUCUUUACAAGUGUGUAUUUAUCAGGUGCAUUUAUUGCUCUUUUUUAGGCAGGAACCUUUUUUUCUGCCGGUAUUUUCCUCCCCUCACUUUUUCAUCUUAGCAAACUUUCUUUUUGUAAAUUAAUAAUUUUCACAACGUUUUCCCCUCGGUAAAAAGAUUUUUACAAUUUCAAGUAAUUAAGCCUAUGUAUACAUGCAUUAUAUAUGUAUAAUACUUAACAUAUUAUUUGCAGAUAUGUAAGUACAUACAUGACUUGAAAUGUAUGUAUCUACGUACCUAUGUGAGCGAUUUAGAAUUGUGUAAAUUUAAAUUUUUAAAAAAAGAAACUAAUGAAAUAAAUUGUUAAAAAAUCAAUGACACUUUGUAAUGAGUUUUAUUUUGAGUUGAGCAUAUUAGAUUAUUGUUGUUUGUUAUGCAUUUGUAAUGUUGACAUUUGUACUUAUUGUGGAAAUUAAGUUCGGAAGCACUUGCUCUUUUGUUCCAAUACGGUUAGUUUUAAAUAUUGUUAAUCAAUGAAAGUAGAUUAAUAUUAUAGAGUCAUGUCUAUUGUUUUAAUAUUUGAUUUUUCCCUCAUGUUUGUUAAUUCAAAAUCAAGCUAUUACUUAUAACGUUUUUAGCGGAACCUUUUCUCUCUCUUUUUUUCGUAUUUCCUGUUAAUAAGUGAAAUGUUUCAUUUCAUCUUUCAGUUCAUAUUUUAAAUACCAAAUCAGUACUUUUAAUUUAUUCAUUUUGUAAAUUUACUUUUAAUGUCUUCACCCCUUUACAUUACUUCAUUUAUUUAAUAACAUUAUUUAUUUAUUUAUUUAUCUUUUUUUUAUUAUUAUCUAUUCACAAGGAGUAAUUAAUAGAGUGGUAUGCAAGAAUCAGUCUGUACAUGAAUGCUCGUGUCGUAACACGAUGUAUUUAUUCACGUGUGUGUGCUAGCAUCAGAUAUUCAUACAUGGACAUACAUGUAUUCAUCUGCAUAUAUGUGUGUAUGUUUUAAAAUGUAUGUACAUUUGUAUAUGUGCAUUCGCCCACACACACGCACUCACACAUACCUUUGAAGCUGAAUAGUUUUUAAUAUUAAAUUUAGAUCGCCUUUUUGGCUUUUUUUCUUUUUUUCCACAAAUUUAUGAAUAAAAGUUAUUAUUUUUAUUUAUUAAA